AUUUUAUUUGUGUAGUAUAUCCGGAGAGCUUCGACACGGUCACACUGAACAUAUGUUCCGGAAAGAAUGGCUGCGAUUUCGCGUCGGUAAAAAUAGCAAAUACUUGUUAAUGUGCUGUGGGAAAGGCUCCUCCCCGGCCCCAAAGUGGCCCCGAAAAGCGUGAGCAAAUGUGCGCGCUGCAAGAUAGCCGCCGCGAAACAAACGAUAGUGACGAAAGCGCCUAAAUCAAAGUACCAGCCGUCCCGAAAUUACGAUGAGUGUGUCGCGCGGCAGCAACACAACGCUGGACCUGCAGCCCCUAUUGGCGGACAGCGAUGACAACAAGGAGCAGGAGGAGAAGAGCGGAGGUUCUGGGGGAGUAACGCUACUCAAUGGCUCCGGUUCGAAAGAGCUGGGCCACCGCGAACGCGAGGAUUCCGCCGUGUUCGUCAAGAAGAUCGGCAGCGCCCUGUUCUACGGCAUCUCCUCGUUCAUGAUUACGGUGGUGAACAAGACGGUGCUGACCUCCUACCACUUUCCCUCGUUCCUGUUCCUCAGCCUGGGCCAACUGACCGCCAGCAUUGUGGUCCUGGGCAUGGGCAAGCGCCUGAAACUGGUCUCCUUUCCGCCCCUGCAAAGGAACACCUUCGCCAAGAUCUUCCCGCUGCCGCUGAUCUUUCUGGGCAACAUGAUGUUCGGCCUGGGCGGCACCAAAACCCUGAGUCUGCCCAUGUUUGCGGCCCUGCGACGCUUCUCCAUCCUGAUGACCAUGCUGCUGGAGCUCAAGAUCCUGGGCCUGAGGCCUACGACGGCGGUGCAGGUCAGCGUAUACGCCAUGAUUGGAGGAGCCCUGCUGGCCGCCUCCGAUGACUUGUCCUUCAACAUGAGGGGCUACAUCUACGUAAUGAUCACCAACGCCUUGACCGCCUCCAACGGGGUGUAUGUGAAGAAAAAACUGGACACCUCGGAGAUCGGGAAGUACGGCCUGAUGUUCUACAACUCGCUGUUUAUGUUCCUGCCUGCCCUGGCCCUGAAUUAUGCUACGGGGGAUCUGGACCAGGCGCUGAACUUCGGGCAGUGGGACGACUCGGUGUUUGUGCUGCAGUUCCUGCUCAGCUGCGUCAUGGGAUUCAUUCUGUCGUACAGCACCAUCCUGUGCACGCAGUUCAACUCGGCGCUGACCACCACCAUUGUGGGCUGCCUGAAGAACAUCUGCGUGACCUAUCUGGGCAUGUUCAUUGGCGGGGACUACGUCUUCUCGUGGCUCAACUGCAUCGGAAUCAACAUCAGCGUGCUGGCGAGUCUACUGUACACGUACGUCACUUUUCGGAGGAAGCGGGCUCCCGAUAAGCAGACCCACUUACCCAGCACCCGCGGCGAGAAUUGGGCACGUACGGCCCGAGCGACAAGCUUUAACCGAAGACAGGUAGUCAGGGUCAUGUUUAUGCGCGAUUAAGAUGAUGAUGAGAUGAAGCCGACGAUCGUGCUGAUAAGGUCACCGGGUGUACCUCCCCAUGCCUCCUCUAUGAAUCCACAGAUAAUCAUGAUGCAACGCUGCUGGCGUCUUCCAAAGCCUUUGGCCCUGCGACGAGGUCUUACUUUGGGCCAGGUUAAUAGCCAAACGGUGACCACUGAAGCGCCUGAGUCGGAGCCACUAGACUCUUUCGAGCGGCAGUAUCUCAAGGAUCGCAUCGAGAUAACGCCUUUCCAGCGGGUUAUCCUUGGAGCUGGAUCCUCCAUUGCAGCCCUGCUGGAUCCAAGACGCCACGAUAUGAUCGCAUGUUUGGGCGAGACGACCGGUGAGGAUGCUCUAUGGAACAUUUUUGAUACGAUGCAAUCCAGUGAGGAGGGUCAGCGCAUCAUGGCCGACAAGCCGCGUAUCCACACCAGUACAAUUGACUUUAAGCUCUUGGAAACUUUGCCACCCGAUACUUUUGGUGCCUCCUACGUUAAGUUUCUGAAAGACAAUCAAGUCACGCCGGACAGUCGCAUGCCCGUGAAGUUUUUGGAGGACCCCAAGCUGGCCUAUUUAAUGACGCGGUACCGCGAGUGCCACGACCUAAUCCACACAGUGCUGGACAUGCCGACCAACAUGCUCGGCGAGGUAGCUGUCAAGUGGGUGGAGGCUCUGAACACGGGUCUACCCAUGUGCUACGGCGGCGCGGUGUUCGGAGCGGUGCGCCUACGUCCCAAGCAGAGGCGUGCGUACUUGAAGCAAUACUUGCCCUGGGCUCUAGAGAACGGCAAACAGACCAAGCCCUUGAUGCCGGUCUACUGGGAGAAGCGCUGGGAGCAGAACAUACACGAGUUGCGCUCGGAACUAGGCAUUACUGUUUUAAAUAAAGUUUGAUGACAAGUUUUGAUUUUUAAA